AUGCAGAGCUCGUCCGAAGAAGAGACACCAUUUGUGUCUCAAUAUGGUGACACUGACUCGUUGCGAAAAGCGUCCGAAGUCUUCAUCUUUAUGCAUCGAUGUUUCCGCGCCUCGAGAAAUAUCCGCGCUCAUUGGUUCCUCGAUCACCUAAACAAAGCUGUUGAGGUGCCGAAAAGUGACGCAAAACCGCCGUUUGUUGAUGACAAAACCGACAAGUACGGCAAAGAGAUGGAGGUGCUUGGCGUGGUGGCCGAAGGAGGGAAUCCCGAUGAAAAUGUGGAAGGCGAACGGUUUAAAAUCACAAUGGACACCAAAGUCACCUACAUUUCCCGUUUCUACCGCCACGUUUUCGUCCUCGAUCUCAGCCCAUUCACACUUGUUGCUGAUGACCGAUCCGGUGCUUGCUUACACAUGAAACUGCUUGAGUGCUUGAGAACGGCCAUGUACGCGGUGACGAAAAGUUUCAAAAUCCCGGGCACCAAUCACAUUUUCACUCCGCAAAUCUGGGUCUCCGUUUGUGUGUUCACCCCGUUUCUCACUUUCGAUGAGGAUUUGGUCCUAGUCCAAGGCGUUCUUCUAACCGAAAGCAAUGUCGAGGAUCUUCUCGAAACGGUCACAAAACGAUUCUACCGUAUCCUUACUCAACUCCACAAAUGUGCUAAACCAGUCUUCGCCGCUUGGGCUACCAAGAGACAAAAGACAAGGUGCAAAUACGACUCAACAUGUGAGCCAUCAGAUCGUUUCCUCAGCGAAUCCGAGAAUCGACCACCUUCAAAGCUAACGGUCCGCAAUCUCCUCACGAGAAACCCUCGAAAAACAACGAUUGAGCAAAAGUUGCCGAACAUCUUUGAAGACGAGAUUCCCCUCGAGGGUGUCAUCAAAUACAAUCGACAUUUUUGGAAAACAUCAAAAGAGUGCGAGGGUUGUGAGGAGAAAUGUGAAUCGGUUUGUGAUGGAUAUAUCCAGCCGGAAUGGGCGCUCAUCUUCAUGCUUCGAAUUGGGCUCAUUGCCGUGCAAAUGCUUCCAGAAAACACGCAAAGCAAUAUCGUUGUAUUGACGGACUCGGUAUGUGGAAUGCCCGACGCGAUCGCUCUCCAUCAAUUGCUGACUCAACUCCGCAGUUACACCGUUUCGUGCUCAUUCAUUCAGAUCCACAGUGGUGCCCGUUCCGAGCCCUGCUUCGGCCAUGUCGCCUCAUCGGAGCUCUUCCAUUUCCUCGCCAUGGCCACUUUUGGAUCAUUCCUCCCCAAUUGCAAAUGUUGUCUAGGAGAUAUCGACAAAGAUUUGAAUUUCUCAUCCGGUCAAUCCUCUACCGCUCAAUCACCGGCAAAAAGAAUCCUCUCGGAAAGGAAUUCAACGGAGAGCGGGAAAAGAGCGGCAAGAAUUACAUCGAAUGGAUCGAUCGGGAGAAGACCAUCUGAAGAGAUUCCUCCCGGCAUCUGUGCCGGAGCUCAACCGGGCCGAAUGAACGCUUUCCAUCGUGCGCUCGUCUGCUGGUGCUUCCAGAACGCUUUACAGGAAAACCAGCACAUCCAGAACCUCGCCAACGACAUUAACCCGGAGUUCGCUCAACUAUACUCACAAGAUCAAGUCCGUAAACCCUACCUUGAACUCUUCUACACGACGACACUGCCAGAGUUGUUGUAUGUCAGACUCCGAGAGGGAUACACCCUAAAAAAUACGAGUCUUGACGAAGAUGGAACAACUUUGCGUGUCCAUUUGACUCUCCCAUUUCGACCAUCGGUUUUCAUCGAUUACGUCAUCUAUGGAACAUUCCGAUUAGACAGGGCACAAAGAGAAACUGUAAAAGUCGAGAUUGCCAUCGUGGCCCCGUAUCACGUGAUGAAAGAUCUCUUGACUGAAGAUGGCGAUUUUGUGGAUAUGUCACGGCAGAAAGGAGUCACGGUCUUCAGAAACACGCUUGACAGUCUAAUCGAAGCCGAUCGUCUUCUCCUCCAUCUCCAUUCGUUCAACAUUUUCCGUGAAUUCUACACGAUUCCAUUCGGCAUUUCGCCUCAUUUCUCACUUUUUCGCCUCAUCGACAAGGAAAGACGAGUGGUCGUCGAAAUGCCACGAGGUGACGCGCACACGAUGACUUUCGUCGAUUUCUGGAGGGUUUUGUGCAAUUUGGAUGAAGGAGUUUGGCAAAAAUGGGUGCACACGCAUUGCGAACGGGUUCUUCUUCGAGUCGACGAGGUGCCCAUAAAUAUCUUCAGAGAAGGAUCCGCUAACGAAGUGACUUGCGAGAAAUCGAAUGGCGCUCUGCACGAGUUCCUCCGCAAUACUACUUCUUUUUGCCUUCUGCACAAAUUAGCAUAUGUGAAAUUCGUUUAUGGAGAUAAUUCUGAAGUGCCAAAAUACUUUUACAUGAUUCGGAUUUGCUCGGAACCACCGGCAGUCACCAUCAAAAUGGCGUUUCUCGGUGGGAUCAGUAGCAGUGAUCGGAGACAGAUAGCUGACGAGUUUCGAAGAGAUUUGAUCAAGUUGAGGCUGAAAACGAGGACACAUUCAAAGGAAAAUCAACCUCCAAAGGAACCGAUCGAAGCGCUUUCCGUGAUCCGACGCCCUGUCGAACGAGUGCUGAUUCGAUACCGAAAUGUGCCGAUGAACCUGCGAGCAAUGGUCCGUUUGAGUGAGGAAAGUGGAAGAGGGGAAACGAUUCGACAUCUCAUUCUACACAACUCGCUCACGAAAUAUCUCAGCAGCAGACGAAGAAUCUGGAAUCUCCCGUGCGUCUUCGAGCAAAAUGGGAUCACCGGGAGUAGCAAAGAGCACGCGACUUUCAUUGCGCAUACAUUAUUACACCGUCGUCUCAACGAGGGUUUUCAUAUUGCCUGGGCUGAAAAUGGGAUUGUUGGACUUUGCAAACAGGUUGUAACACCCGCCGGUUUCGCUCUCGAGCAAUACAUCUACUUCCCACCUCAAAACUUGUAUUUGCCUUUCCGAGUGAAUCGCAAGCGUUUACCGUCAACUUGUAAAACCAUCGAACCUGAAGAAGAGGAGGAUUACGGUAUCGUAUUCGAAUCGGAAGAAAAAGAGGAGAAGAAAGAAAAAGAGCCCAUCACAUAUCAGCUCAUUGGCGAGUAUUGGAGUGAACCGAUUGCCGACUACGAGAAUGAAGAGCCUCGUCUCGUGAGCUCUCGCGAUGAUGAUCUCAUCUCGGUGCUUUUCACUCUCGAUCAACUCAUCAAAUGGUGUCAAGAGGGACGGGGUGGACAAUCUACGAUUCGCAUCACUUCCCGGGGGAAAGACCCAGCGAAAAUGUUGUCCGGUUGUGUCUCAGUGGCUGUGCAACCAUUCUCCAUCGGUGACCUACUCGAGAAUGCCGAAAAGCGGCUAUUGAUACUGCCGCUGUUUGAUAAUGAUCGACCAGAAGGCGAGAAACGGAGUCACGAGAGAAUGAGAUUGCUGUUGACGGCGAUUUUGAAAGAAUUGGAGGGGUCCACUGAUUGCUAUGUUGAUGUGGAGGAUUCAGAGCUAUGGAAUCGAAUCAUGAGACAAGCAGACGAAAAGUCGACGGGUAACCGAUCAUCGCGUGUUUUUCUUCAUCGUCUCAAUCCAUGGACAAUGAUGGCUAUUAUGGCUCCACAAGAAACAGAAGAGCUCUUCGUUCAAGGUGGAGUUCCUUUAUUGUUCUGCUUAUGUGAUGAGCCAUCACUUGCCUAUCGAUUAACACAAAAAGAUGAGAAGCCAAAGAUGACUGUCGAAGAUCUGCGUUUACGGGAUGAAGUGUGGAAAUUUGGUGAAGAAAGAGUUUUAAAUCCGCCAAAUCAAUUCGUUUGGGCGACGCGUUGUUCUGAUUUGCAAAAGGGCCUUUAUAAACCAACAUCUUUUGGAAAGUACGUCACAAAAGUACGAGAUGAAGCCUGUGGACGAGCUACACUUUUUGCCAUGUAUCAAGCACUUAAUAAAGAAAUGGAAGUCUCAUCGGAUACGGUUCAAUAUGUUCUUGAAGGCUUUUGUGAUUACAUGAAAAUCGAGAUCCCGAGAGUUUCUGAAGCUCUAGAAAAAUUUUGUGCUCAUCUACACCAUUUAUCCAAAGAUGAUCCUCGACAUAAUCAAGUGAAUUUGGAAGAGAGUUGUUAUACGGGGACCGACUUCGAAUCACUAUUUGCUAAUGCUGUUGAGCAAAACUUUAAGCCGAUUCAAACACUGCCGAGUUACUACAUUUAUCAGAAGAAAGGCCGUGAUCGAAAGAUAACGACACAGAGUGAUCGAAGUCCUUUACCCUUCACUGGCAUCGAUGCCACGAGUGGUGACAAGACUCCGGAUGAAUCUGAGCACUCUUCACUCAUCCGUGCCUCGUCCGGUCCACCGAUUAGGCGAAGAGCCCGCGGCAUGUAUGGAUCCGAGAUCCCGCUUUUCUUGUACUUCAGUUGUUCGAUUCAUUUCCCGGAUGGUUCGAUGACAUCAUUCCCUGUCCAACAUCUCCCAUACUGUCUGCACGAGUUGGUCGCAAAAUGCCCGGAAAAACCGUCAACGCCGUUCAAUGUAGCCGACGUUAAGGUCAAUGUCGAUCUCUACGUACUUUCUUGGCCGAUUGAGGACGAGGAUGAGCAUUUAACGAGUCGGUGGUCAACGUCCGAUGACAAAGAGAAAAGCUAUGCGAAGCGUCGAAUGCAGGCUUUCCGCGAUGCUCUUCCAAAGCCAGAACAAGAAGUGAUCAAGAGAUUGCUGAGAAAUGUGCAGAGAUUGAUUGAGAUGGAGAUGGUUUUAACCGAUUCUCGUCGACAAACGGUCACACUGGGAAAGCUUCAAAAAAUCAGCGAUUUUAUCAGCAAAGAGUUGAAAGAUAAUGGAGCUGAUAAGAGAAUCGAUCAGAAACAGAGAACUGUUCAUUUGGUUAUCAACAAGCCCGGGAUUAUGGACGAGUUGAAGAAGAGACUGAAUGGAAUCACGGCCGAGUACUGUAAUUUGAAACGAAUCGAUGACUCGGAUAUGUUCUAUUGUGUGCCUUUUGAAGAGCCGUCUACUGUAGAAAGGAGAUCAAGGAAUGAGAGUCGACGAGCAUCCACCACUAAUCUCAAUUCAAACCGAAGCCGACAAGUCUCCGGUGAUCCGACAAUUGAAAGCAAUACAAAUAAACAUCCAUCACCACUUCGCGACAGAAAUGCAAGCUCUGGAAACUCGUUGAGCAUCGAAGCAGCCAAUCCGCCGAUGACUUUGCUGAGACAUCGCGAGAAAUCGGAUGCUUUUGCUGAUUUCUGGUUGAUUCUCUCUGUUUCUGAUGUGCUACUCUUUCAGCUUUGUAGAAGACACACGGAUCGUCAUGAGCGUCUCUUCGAUUUGAUGUGGAGAAAAGUGAAGCAAACUCUUCGAAUUCUCAAUCAGGAAAUGUUAUUAGAAAAGACUCUUCUAACUCGUGAAGUUGAUUCACUUCUUCUAUCUCCACCAGAUUCAGGAAGAUUUGUCAGUGGGAGUAAAGCGAAUCAACAUGUAUCUGAUGAUGAUUUCGAGGGUGAUGAGGGCCGCCAUGCUCCAGUCACUGACAACGCUCGUUUUCAGUAUGAACCUGGGCAUUUUGCUUGUGAAAUGAAACACGAGAAAUGGUUCUCUCUGCAUCCACGCGUUCGAUCGAGUCGCCUAACGAAUUUCUCCGGUAUCAACAGCGUUGUCCAAAUGAACACCGGCAUGGACGCGUUGAAAAGAGAAUUGGAUCCUUUUCUUGUCAAGAAUCGAAAUCUUCCAUAUGUCUAUGUACUCAGUGAUCGUCAUCAGCACGUUUUCUAUCUUCAAUUGCACAACAGCAUGGAAACGUUGAUGCACACAAUGAUCAAUGGAAGGAAAAGCUGGAAAAAACGAGCCUAUCAUCGAUUGGAGAAACAAGAUGAAGUUCUUCUUUCUGUUCAUGGAGUAUAUGAGCCUGAUCAAGAUUUCAUCGAGAGUUUCAUCAACAAAUUGCAGAAAAGAUUAGACAACACAACGCUUGAUCAUUUGGUGAUGAUGCUUGGAAAGAACGCACAUAUUAGACUCGAACCAGCUGAUGUGCAAUUCAUCCAAAAAGAUCCCCGAUACCCUAAUGCGACUUUUCACUUUGCCAUCCCUGCAGCCCUAGAGGCUCAUCUACAGGCUAUCUAUGUCUACUUCCAUCAACAACUUUACACCGUCGAUAUUCAUUCGGCCAAGUACAAGGAUGAAUCAGGCGCUCGGGCGAUGCCGACCCUUUUCCGACCACUUCCCCCACCCAAUCAAAUCCCAAUCCCACGAGACUACCAACCACAAUUCAAGCUAUCGAUUCGACCAAUGAAAGAAGGAAAUCGAACAACAGGAAUCGCUUGCCUCGAGUUCCGUUUCGUCAACGAGAAACGCGAGAUCUUGAGCCCUCGAUCGGGUCGACUCAACAAUAGUACACAUAUUUCGUUGAUGUUGCCAACCGAAUCGGAUGCGAUCCGUUUGCAGCAUUACAAGAAUUUGACCACCAUCGAACGGGUGAAAGAGGUCGAGAAGAGGGAAGGCAUUUGUGCGUUUGCUGAAGUGGCUGUUUGGCAAGCAGGCGAUGUUGGCUUGGAAGAGCUCGAGAAUAAACUCGCUGGAUGUUUGAGAAUGGCUGUAUGUGAUGUAAUGACCGAGUACGGAUUGCUCAACGAUACGAUUAUCGAACUGGAACAAGCGCCCGUUCUCCCAAUGUCGCCAAUAGCUCAUCAGUCGAUACAGACGCCGCUGUCCGGGCAAAAAAGCCGUGAGCGAGCCCUUCUGAUCCGUCAACGUUCCUCGAGUGAGGCUCAAACUCCAUCAACCGGCCAACCACCACCCCUUCUCACUCCCGUUUCCUCACAGAAAUAUACCCUGGCAACGAUUGAUCAAAAACAUCAAUCCCAUUUCUCUUUCGAUUUGCGUCCCAGUGGCUCGGUGGCCUCGGAUUUGGAUAAAAUGAACGGAUCGAUGAAAGAGGAUGCUCCCCGAGAAGAGGUGCUUUCUCAAGAUUUUCUUCGCUGUGCAGAGAGUUGGUGGAAUCUGGCCAUCACCCAGGCUCCGCUCGCCACGCCAUCACUCUCGAAAAUCGAGAUCGAUUAUGAUAGUGCUGAGACGCCAAAAAGAGCUUUGGAAAUGGUACAAGAAACUGUUGAGAAUUGCUUGAAAGCUGUCAUUUCCGAGUUUAAAGAACGUGUGCUCGUCGCAGAGUAUCGGGAAACCGAUCAACGAGAUACAUCGAAUAAACGAUACGAGAUACAUCGAAAUCGAGCUCACAUUCACUCGUCGUUAGUCUACGAUGUUGGGAUGGAGAUCAACUCCGAUCAACAGCCAGCACCCGAUUUCUUAAUGCUCACCGUUGUCAAAGAGAUUGCUGAAGAAACGAUGCGUUACGGCUUUGAGCCUGAAGGUGAUCCACCGGAGGUGUUAAAAGUUUUAGCAAAAGAGGGAGCACGCGAAAUGUUUGUACCGGAAAUGACUGAUUUAGGCAAAUCCUAUGAUCGAGUGUCGAGUGCGGAAAAUCGCUCAGCUUUUGUACCCCGACGUCGACUCUUUUAUGCGAUUUUUCGGGCAAAUAAGCUAACAGUCUUCUUGUACAAUUUCAAGCCGGAUCUCGCGCGACAAAUCUCGGCUCAAAUCACUCGUUUAACGCAUUGGCAUAAUGCGAAAAGUCGUUUGAUUCGAGAGAUCGCAUUGCACAAAACUGGAUUUCAACAUUUCAGUGAUAAUAUCUACAAGAACACCGACAAUCCGUACAUAGAACAAUUGUGGAAACAACCUGAAGAGGUUCUCGCCGAGGAAAUGAGCAAACGGGUUUCGUUUCAUUCGCGCACAUCAAACAUCAAUCGAUCUCAUAAUGCUCCAAUUCUUGAUCGAAUCUAUCGACAAAUAAAUCCAGCUUUUCUUGCUCGAAAUCAGUAUCCCUGCAUGUGGAGAGAUCAAAUUGAACAAUUCAAAACGCUUCGUCAAGACAUUUUAACACGGCUUGAAGGUGACAAUCUCUUUCAUCAAAUUCAUAAACAAUUUCUUGAAAACAACUAUCGAGUAACGGAAGAAAAUCUCUCUCAAUUGAUCGAGGCUUCAAAAGUUGUCCAUUUUGUACUCACUCCGAUCCUUUUUUCCCCUCAUGGCAGUGAGGAAGAGGUUGAGAGAGAGGUCCACGCGACGAUGACUCAGCCAGCAUCGCUUCGAAUGAUGGGUGAUCGGAAAGCGUCUGGUGUAUCACUAGUCAAUGACGAGCUGGGAGCUGGGAUGGGGACAAGGACAAGGAGUUAUACGUUGAGUGGUCGAAGUCAAAAGGAGCAUCGAGCAAGGAGUAGCACGAUGAGUGUUCCUGCAUCGGCUUCAAAAGAUGAUCUCGAUCUCCCGUCAUUGUCAAAUGAUUUGUCUGAAUCUUGGAAUAUUCAUAUUCUCUACCGUUUACUUAAAGAGUAUGUGGACUUUUUGAAGAAAAUUCAUGGAGUUGAAAUCAUCGCUGUCACUUCACCAGGCUCUAUAGCUUCCACCAGACGAGCCUAUCAGCUAAACUACGAAGAGAAGAAAACCGUCCAUCCGCCAGAGAUCUGGUUAUGCAAAGGUAUCUCUGGUGGGAUUAUCCUUCUCCAUCUCCAUUUUCAAUCACCAUAUUUUGUUCUUGACAUGCACACAUGGGAAGACACUCCAAUAUGUUUCAAAGCAGAGAAU